AUGUCUGAUCCCCCGGUACGAGCCCCGAAGCCUCCGCCACCCGCAGACCGUGGGAACCAAGUGGCCGAGGAAAGCGAGGGGGGAUCGGAUUCCAGCUGGCCCGGCGACGAGUCCUCCGGUGACGAGGCUGGCGGCGUUGCUGGAGCCCGGACUGUCCUCCCUGAGGCGGAGGGCAAGGAUGAGGACGAUGUGCCGCUGGUGCGGCGACCAAGAGCGCCAGCGCCAGCGGCCACCUCUGCAACGGCCGCAGGCGCCUCGGUGGCUUCUGCAGCAACCAGGGCUGCGGCAACUCCACGAGGGUCCACGGUCCAGCCCAAGCCGGGAAUCUUCACCGGCUACUCUCUGAAGCUCGAACCCCCAAGGGACAGCGCUCCGGCCGGAGCCGGCAAGAGGGGGAGAACCGACGCUGCGCCCCCCGCGCCUAGCAAGAAGCCGCGCACCCGGACCAGUGUUAGUGCCAGCCAGGCCAACACGCGGGCCAGCGGCGCCGCCACAACGCUUGCCGCCGACCCGGUCCCAGAGGAGGAGGAGCCCACAGCAGGCGAAACCCUGCCUAUAGCGGACAGCCCGGCAGUACAAGCCGGGACAGAGGGGGACAAAUCUCCCCCGCAAGUGCGGCGGCCCCGCAAGGUACUUGCCCAGAACUCCCUUGUGCUCGUCGCCGGGUACCUCAAUUUGGUUUGA